GGCUCGCUCAACGUGAUGACGUCGGGUAGUAACUCCGCCCACAGACGCUGCUCGUCUGUGCUUGCGCGUGUCCGUUAGCGCGCGUGCUUGCUUGCGUUGGUCUGAUCAGGACCUGGAGCUCGAGAAGUGACAGAUUUUUAAUCCAGUUCGUCUGAGUGUGUGACGUUCUCGGGCAAUGAGGUUCGUCUCCAUGACAACAAAACCAGCGGUGUGAGUAACUUAUUAAACAAAUAAACAAACAAAGACACUUUACUUGAAAAUAAACAGCACAAAGAUUUCCUGACAACAGCGCUUUAAAUGACGUGUGUUUGCUGGGUUGAUGUCUAGAAAUGUGUGGUAUUGUUUUGUUUGUUUACUGUUUUAUUUUGCUGUCAUGUGUGUGGUUUGGUUUUUAUUGAUUGUAUUUGUGUUAAACAGGGUAGAAAGGUUUAAAUGAGAAGAAAGGCUUAGUUUGGAUCGGCCUGCAGAAAACUCUGCUUUUUGUUUCAGUUUGAAUUCAGUUUGAGGGCUUUUCCCUCAUCCGAGUUACCUUACCUCAACACAUUUGUUUGUUUGUUGUAAAGGUCUCGCGUAACGUUACGUUACCUUUUGUGGAUCUGUUCCACAUCUGUGUAAUGAUCUGAUCGCUGCUACAAGAUCAGACUUUAUCUCCAUCUGUAAGAAUCGUCUGAAAACACAUCUCUUCUGUCAGCACAUGACCUAUUAGCUUCUCUACUCUUGUCCUUAAAAAAAGUAAAGUAAUUAGUUACUGUAAAUGCAUUAUUUUUCCCAUAAAAAAGUAGAUUAAGGGAUUGCUCUUAUUUUUUCUGUAAUUUAAUUACAGUUACUUUGGAUGUAAUUGAACUAAAUACUGUGUAAUGUAUACAAUAGUGGAAUUGACAUUCAAAUUCAAUGUCUAACUUUAAAAUGCAUGCAUUCAUGUAUCUUCCUCAAUUUUGUAAUACUUUAGUCAGUUAAUAAGAGUACUUUAUGUAGUUUUAUAUUAGUAUAAAGGUAACUACAUGGUAUAAGUUUAGGUUCAGGAUUAGUACCUAGUUAUUAAAUUUACUGUAAUAAGUACACAGUAUGUACGUGGGAAACAGGACUGUAAAAUAAAGUGCUACCGAUUAAAGCAAUAAGCCCCAAGAAGCAGUGGGUUACAGUGCAUUUUAUAACAGCUAAGGGUGUUGUGGCACGACACGAAGCGGAGUAUUGCUUUUAUAAAACGGUUAUUCCAUAUGCGUAGCAAGGUUUCAUAAAAUAAAGUAAAUAAAAUGAUAUAUAGGCCAUUAUGCGGUCAGCCGUUAACGCACACUGUACUGAGAUCAGAUGAGAUGUGUUCUUAUUAAAUCCAUCAGACACUGGACUGAGAUCAGAUGUGUUGGACGUUCACUUCUGUGAAUUAAAGCGUUUGCUGUUAUUUUGUGUUAUGGUUUGUUUUUAGAAGCACUGCAGAAGAGAAUCAUUCAAAGUUGAACUAUUAAAACAAUAAUAAACACUAUUACUAUAGACUGUAUAACAAACAUCCGAGGCAUUAUUUCAUCUAAGUAAAAUAAAUAUUAACAGUCACAUAUCAGAUAUAUUAAUUUAUAUUAAGAUCAACUGAUCAUGACAAAAAAAAUCUGUAAUCGGAUCCAAAAAUCCUGAUCAAACCGUCUCUAAUUCUAGUGGGUCUAGUGGUAGCUUUUAUCCGGUUCUAGCGUUAUGGAUCCAGUUGUAGUGGUUUCGAUGUGGUUCUUGUUUUCUGUGAGCUGCUGUGUGAUAUCUCUGAUGUUUCUGCAGGUUUUUUUCAGCAGAUAACAGCGCGUGUGUGUAUGUGAACACUGAUAACACAAACUAACGCAGAGUUGAUGUGACAGUGUCUGUGAUGCUCAUGUUGCUGUGAGCGGGAGAAUGACAAACAUGCAAUAAAUGUGUCUGAAUGAUGCUUUGAAAUGUUCUCCAUCUACCCAGCUGCUGUUAAAUUGCCCAUCACAGAGUGACGUGAGUAUUAUUAACUUUACACACUGAGUGACAGUUUUUAUUAUUUCCCGUUUGUGUGACCACAGAAUGUACAGAGUGACCCACAGAGAUGUGACAGAAAGAAAAGCGUCUACACGUAAAAUCCCACGCUUCUCUGUACCAAACACAAGAACAGCACACAGUUUUAUUUAUAAAGAUUAUUCAUAGAAAAUGUUUUUAUUUAAUUUAGUCCACACUUGAUAUUCCUGUGUAAUUUGAAAUGGCUCUUUAAAGCCUAAUCCAUCAAUAUUCUUCUGACUGACUGAUAUCAAGCACACACACAUUGGUGGUCAUGCAUCUCUUAUUUUCUUGGAGCUGAAGUGCUGGGACUUUUGAACACACUUGAGUUCUGUGGAGCUCUAGACACACAUUUAAGAAGCAGUAGAUGUUGUUUUUGAUGUGUAAAUGAUGUUCUGUGAAAAUAUCCACACGUUUGUUUUCCUUGUAAACAAACACUCAAUGAUGUGUUUUAAAUGUAGGGCUAGAAUAAUCUGUAAUUCACUUUGAAUGAAUGUGUGUUAAAUGCAAACAUGAGGCUGUUUAUUUCUGUAAGAUAUUUCAGCUCAACUCUUAAGGUUUACAAUGGUUUUCAACAGCGUGUUCCUUCAGAAGCUUUCAGGACUGACUUUUGACACCCCUUGUUUAUAAGAUUUCAGAGUUUUUAUAGUAAUGUUCUUUUAUAGUUUAUGAGGUGUUUUUCAUAUUAUGGAGAAGUGUUGGUCUGUUCCAUUGUGCCAUCUGAUGAGAGAAUAAAGUUCAUCUGUGUGGUCUGUUGUAAUGAUUGUGUGUGUGUGUGUGUGUGUGUGUGUGUGUGUGUGUGUGUGUGUGUGUGUGUGUGUGUGUCUCUUCAGGUGAAUGGUACAUGGCUUUGACAGCGUUUGUUACCAUGGAGAUGCCCUCAUGGAAUGUGAAUGGUGAUGGGCAUUCAGAGAAAGAGUUGUGUAGCGCCGCCCUGCAGGUUCAUCUGCUCUGCUGCAGAGAGAAAGAGUCAAACGUGCUGUCGUACCCACCGGGAGAAUACAUCACUGAAGAGAUCUGCAUCACUGCAGCCAAACAAUGCGGUAUCAGUCCCAUGUACUGCAGUCUUUUUGGACUGAUGAGAGAAACUGAUCGCACCUGGCUUCCGCCCAAUCAUGUUUUUAAGAUUGAACCAUCCAUCAAUGAGAAGCUUCUGUUCAGAAUCAGGUUUUAUUUUCCAGGUUGGUAUGGCAGCGGUAUAAACUGUGCCCGCAGGUGUGGAGUCACGAAGAGUUCUGGGGCACCUGUGCUCGAUGACAUCACUAUGACUUAUCUGUUUGCACAGUGGAGAUGUGAUUUUCUGAGCGGUGCGGUGUGCGUUCCUGUCAGUAUGGAGUUUCAGGAAGAAUGUUUGGGAUUGGCUGUUUUGGAUAUCAUGCGAUUGGCCAAAGGAAAAGGCAAGUCACCUGUUGACAUCUACAACCACAACAGUUAUAAGUCGUUCCUUCCCAAGAACAUGCGAAGGCACAUUGAGAAUCAGCACUUUGUGACCCGGAAGCGGAUUCGGUUCCGUUUCAGGAAGUUCAUUCAGGAGUUCAGCUCGUGUAAAGCCACGGCAAGAGAUCUCAAACUGAAGUAUGUGGUCAGUCUGGAGACGCUACAGACGGCGUUCUACACCGAACGCUUUUAUGUCCACCAACCGUCCACGGGACACGUCACCAUCGUCGUCAGCGGCGACCGCGGCAUCCGAUGGUCCAGAGGACCAGAAGAGAGAGAGGAGCUGCAGGUAUACUGUGAUUUCUCUGACGUCAUUGACAUCAGUAUCAAGCAGGGGGGGACUAAAGACGGAUCAGUCGAGAAUCGAAUCGUCUCCAUUAACAGACAAGACGGACAGACGCUGGAGUUGGAGUUUCAUUCUCUGUCAGAGGCGUUGUCGUUUGUGUCUUUGAUUGACGGCUACUACAGACUCACCACAGACGCUCAUCAUUAUCUGUGUAAAGAGGUGGCGGCCCCUCGACUCCUGGAGGCCAUACAGACCAACUGUCACGGCCCUGUGGCGACGGAGUUUGCCAUCGGUCGUCUGCGGCGCUGUGAAAAUCAGACGGGUGUUUAUAUCCUCAGAUGCAGCCCAAAAGAUUACGACAAAUACUUUCUGUCAUUUGUCAUUGAGUGUGAGGGACAACAGCUGGUCAAACACUGUCUCAUUCAUCGCUCUCAUUCAGGAGAGUUUGUGCUCAACGGAUCUAAAUGCAGUUUUGGGAGUUUGGGUGAAUUACUGCAGCGAUACCAGAAGGAGGCGCUGCGCUCCGACACGCACAUCUUCCAGCUGAGCCGCUGCUGUCCGCCCAGGAGCAAAGAUAAAUCCAACCUGCUGGUGUCCAGAAACAAUGAGACGUCAUCGGAAGUCUGUCUGUCUCCAUCUGUGUUUAAACCUGUCAAUCAAAUGAUCCUUCACAAAAUCCAUAAAGAAGAUCUGGAGACUAGAGAGAGUUUGGGGCAGGGGACGUUCACUCAGGUGUUUCGGGGCGUCCGGACGGAGCUUGGAGAUUACGGUGAGGUCCACAAGAUGGAAGUUGUGCUGAAAGUUCUCGAAAAAUCUCACGGCAACUAUACCGAGUCGUUCUUUGAAUCGGCGAGCAUGAUGAGUCAGUUAUCACACAAACACCUGCUGCUGAAUUAUGGCAUCUGCGUAUGCGCAGACGAACACAUCAUGGUGCAGGAGUUCAUGCACUUCGGCUCGCUGGACACGUACCUGAAGAGAAACCGCAACUUCAUCAACAUCACCUGGAAGCUGGAGGUGGCCAAGCAGCUGGCCUGGGCGCUGCACCACCUGGAGGAGAAGAACCUGAUCCACGGAAAUGUCUGUGCCAGGAACGUUCUGGUGACUCGAGAAGAAGAUCGUAAGACCGGAACGCCUCCGUUCAUCAAACUGAGCGACCCGGGAAUCAGUUUGUCAGUUCAGCCCAAAGAACUUCUGAUCGAGCGGAUCCCGUGGGUUCCUCCCGAGUGUGUGAAGGACAGUCACAGCUUGAGUUUGGCGGCAGAUAAAUGGAGUUUCGGUGCGACACUGUGGGAGAUUUACUGCAGCGGUGAACGUCCGCUCGCCUCGUACGACAGCUCAAAGCUGUUGUUUUACGAGGACAAGCAUCAGCUUCCGGCUCCUAAAUGGACAGAACUGGCGUGUGUUAUUAACAGCUGUAUGGAUUAUGAGCCGCUGAAGAGACCGUCAUUCAGAGCGCUCAUCAGAGACCUCAACAGCCUCUUCACACCAGACUAUGAGCUGCUGGUGGAGAGCGAGACGGUGGCCAGCAGAAAACGAGCGCUGGCUUUUAAUGGAGCCCUUGAGAAUCAGGAACCAACUCAGUUUGAGGCCAGACACUUGAUCUUCCUUCAGCUGCUGGGCAAGGGUAACUUUGGCAGCGUGGAGAAGUGCAGGUACGAUCCGCUGCAGGAUAGCACAGGUGAGGUGGUGGCAGUGAAGAAGCUGCAGCACAGCACCGCUGAGCACCUGCGAGAUUUUGAGAGAGAAAUCCAGAUCCUGCGAUCACUGCAGCAUGAGAAUAUUGUGAGAUAUAAAGGAGUCUGUUACACUGCAGGUCGUAAGAAUUUGCGUCUCAUCAUGGAAUAUUUGCCCUUUGGUAGUUUAAGAGAUUAUCUUUCCAAAAAUAAGGAGUGUUUUGACCACACGAAACUCCUUCUAUACGCAUCCCAGAUCUGUAAGGGAAUGGACUAUCUUGCAUCAAAGCGUUACGUCCACAGAGAUUUGGCUACUCGGAACAUUCUGGUGGAGAGUGAAUAUCGAGUAAAGAUCGGAGACUUUGGCCUCACUAAAGUUCUUCCUCAGGAUAAAGAAUAUUACACCGUGCGUGAGCCGGGUGAAAGCCCCAUAUUCUGGUACGCACCAGAAUCUUUGACUGAGAGUAAAUUCAGUGUUGCGUCUGAUGUCUGGAGUUUUGGAGUCGUUUUGUACGAACUUUUUACCUUCAGUAACAAAACCUGCAGCCCUCCCACUGUGUUUAUGGAGCAGAUGGGUGAAGAUAAACAGGGUCAGAUGAUUGUUUAUCACUUGAUCGAUCUGCUCAAGAGAAACUAUCGUUUGCCGUCUCCAAAAGGAUGCCCAGCUGAGGUUCACACGUUAAUGACAAAAUGUUGGGCACCAGAGCUGAGCAGACGUCCCACGUUUAAAGAUCUCGCUCAGGGAAUAAAUGCCAUCCAAGACAGCAGGAGCAGCUGACUCCCAAGUGCAUUUCAUACUCUUGAUUCCUUCUGAAAUACUGUGGGAUGUCGUGUUUUCUCUUCCUGUAGGAUCUGCAGCAGAAUUAUGAAACUGAAUCUGCAGGUUAAGAGUCACUAACUCUCGAGACGUUUAAAUAGAGAAGUCUGUAUUGUAUCGUAUCUGUCGUGUGCAAGAUGACAAAACUACAAGGAUCUCAGAUGAGACUCUUCACACAAACCGCUUCACACGUCUCACUGCAUGCACAUGUUUACAUGUAAAAUGUUUAUAUUGACUCUCUUGCAUGCUGUUUUAUGAGCUUGUACUAAUUUAAAACAUCGUGUGCAGUAUUUUAACGUUUGAAAAGUCAUGCUACACAACAGUGUGAACUGAAGAAACGUGAUUUACAAAGUGUGAAAAACCAAAGGAAGUGGCGAGCAUUUAUAGUGAAGGUGUUAAAUCUUACUGGAGAUCUUCCGUCCUGCAGUGUUGAUCAAACACAACACAAACCUGCUCAACACAAUCUUUACAUUUAACGAAUCGCAUACAGACAUCUCUGUUCGGUUCCUGCAUUUGUGUUGAUGUAUCAACUUUGAAUGUAAAAAGGUUAUAAAAGCCUUUAACAGCAGCAGCACAUUUGGUAAAUACAUUUAAAAAAAGGAAUUCAUGUAAAGUCUGAAAUAUGUUCAUUGGGACAAACUUUAACCAAGUGAUGGAUAAAAAUGCCUUCAAAUAUUAUGAUUUUAUUUUGAAAAACAGAUCGGCCAUCUAUUUGAUGUCAUUAUUGAUUUUUUUAAUAGAUUUGCGUUUCGUUGUAUAUAUUUGAUUUGAUUUUAUAAAACAAGAACAAUGGAAGAACAUUUUCCCAAAAUGCCAUAAUUUUACAUAAUUUAACUUCCUGCCACUGUCCACAUUCUUAAUGUUACUUCAACUGAUGUUUCUAUAAAUGAAUUUCAGUGAGUUGCUGAUCUUACUGAUGUUUCAUAUAAGACUGAAUCAGUGUGAAUUAAUAAAAUGUUUGUUUUAUUUUUACAAUUACUUUGGGUUUUUAUGUAUUUUUGCAAGGAGCCCUGAUGUGAGACUGAAUAAAUUAAAAACAUUUUGAAGAU